AUGGCAUCUCCCCGGAUCCACGUCCUCGGCCUCGGCAGCAUCGGCACCUUUACAGCCCACGGGCUCAAAGACAUUCCCAAUCCCCCAGCAGUCACUCUGCUUCUCCAUCGCCAGUCCCUCUACGAGUACUACCUCCGAAACAACCGCCAAAUUACCCUCACCACCCUCGACGGGAAAUCCAUCGCCCACGACAACUACGAUGUCGAAAUCUACCACCCGACAGGCACAUGGCACACUCCUUCCCCCUCCUCUAUCACCACCUCCUUCAUCGAAACCAACACCACAAUAACCCACCUCAUCCUCACCGUCAAAGCCACCCAAGCCAUCUCAGCCCUCCGAUCCCUCAAACCCCGUCUCACCUCCUCCUCCACAAUCCUCUUCCUCCAAAACGGCUGCGGCAUGAUCGACGACGUCAACGAACACCUCUUCCCUGACCCAGAGACCAGACCAAACUACAUCACGGGGGUAAUCUCCCACGGCGUGACCCUCACCUCUCCAUUCAACGCAACUCACACAGGUGCAUCGAAAUCAUACCCCUACACCGCUCUCCUGCAAAUCCAACUCGAAAAACUCUCCGUCAACGCCUUCUGCAACCCCGUGUGCGCGCUCCACGAUUCCAAAAACGCUAUUUUAUUCAACUUUCCCCAUCUCCGACGUUCCAUCCUCUCCGAGAUAUCCAAUAUCGUGCUGCGUUUGCCUGAGCUACAGGGGAUUCCUGGCGUCGAGGAACGGUUUUCGGUGGAUAGGUUGGAGGACACGGUGAAUGGGAUUCUGGAGAAAACGAGAGAGACGGUUUGUUCGAUGGUGGUGGAUUUGAGGAAUGGACGGGAGACGGAGGUGAGGUUUAUUAAUGGGUAUUGGGUGAGGAGGGGGAGGGAGGUGGAGGUGGAGGUGGGAGUUAAUGAAGGGCUGAUGGAGCAGGUUUUGAGGAGAGGGUCUGAGUAG